GCAGUGAGGAACCUUACUCACACCAUGUCUGAUACAUGUUGUACACUCGGACUCACUUCGUGCUGCGACGUCAUAGCUGGAAUAUGUCUUUACUUCAUGUCCAUACGACAAUGCACAGAGGACCUCUGUAGCUGCUGCUCAUGUAAAAAGGCCACUGAGGACACUACACCCGACGUUGAAAGAGCACCUCUCAUCUGCGAGAACAGACAGCCUAGUCCCCAUCCACCGAUGCAUAGCACUAAAUGCUCGUAAUCUUGUGUGUGCACGUUCGCUGGUGCUAUACCAACUACAUAGUAGUUGAUAUACUAAUAUUGUAUCAUCAAUGUAUCCCUUCCCGAGUAACUACCACGGGUAUGGUAGACAUUUCCACAUAAAUGAGAAUAUUCUAUAAAACGACUGGAGCGCGAGUGUAACU